CCCCGCCCGGGAGGCCGUGCGGCGGAGGGGGAGCCAGCACCGGGGCCCCCCCCCGUACCGCUACGGCUCCCGCCUCCCUUCCGGCGGCGGCUCCUUCCCUGCGCCGGGGGCGGACGGGGCGCACCGGAGCCGCGCCGAGCGCAGCCAGGCCCUGUUUCCCUGCGAUGCUCAGCCGCCCCUGCGAGGUCCUUGUCCCCCUGCGUUAGGUGCGGAGCCUGCAGACGUCUGGCUCUGCACACACCAAGGUGGCCCAGGUCGGCAAGCCCGGACGUCAGUGGAUGAGCGCUGGGCACUGGCCUAGCCGCACACACACACCGGCACCAUGGACUUUGUCAUGAAGCAAGCGUUGGGCGGGGCCACCAAGGAUAUGGGGAAGAUGCUGGGGGGUGAGGAGGAGAAGGACCCCGAUGCGCAGAAGAAGGAGGAGGAGAGGCAGGAGGCCCUGCGCCAGCAGGAGGAGGAGCGGAAAGCCAAGCACGCCCGCAUGGAAGCCGAGCGGGAGAAAGUCCGGCAGCAGAUCCGCGACAAGUAUGGGCUGAAGAAGAAGGAGGAGAAGGAGGCGGAGGAGAAAGCUGCGCUGGAGCAGCCGUGCGAGGGCAGCCUGACGCGCCCCAAGAAGGCGAUCCCGGCGGGCUGCGGGGACGAGGAGGAGGAGGAGGAGGAGAGCAUCCUGGACACCGUCCUCAAGUACCUGCCUGGCCCGCUGCAGGAUAUGUUCAAGAAGUAACAGCACCGCCAACCCUGCCAUGGGGUGCUGGGGCACAGGCGCACGAUCCCCUCCCACUCCUCCAUCAGUUCCCUUGACCCCGGGGGGGGGGGUCCCGCACCCCCUCCCCGUCCCCUCCUGCCCUUUCCCCUGGACCAGACCAAACACCCGCCCCGUCCCGUCCAGGCAGGGCCCCACCCCACCAUGCCAAAGGGGAUCGGCCCUGGCCGGACAAGGUGAACCGGGACCAAAUGCACUGAUGUAACCUCGUGGCAGGCUGGGGGCACCCCAGGCCCUACUGGCUUCCCCGGGGUAGCUCCCCAUGCCCCCAGCCCUGCCCUUCCUGCCCUUCCAGGGGACCCUGGCAGGCCUCUGCUCGCCUGCCCUUGUCCCCAGCACUGCCAUCCCCCUGCCCCAUCCCGCCUUGGGCCAUGCCCAAAGCACAAAGCCAGGCGCCCUGCCCGCAGCUCCCCCCAUCCCUGGUCCCCAGGCACGGGGGUCCCCUGGGGCUGCCCGGUGUGUCCCAGCAUCGGGGGGUUGGAGGGGACCCCCCCACCCCUCCCCGCAUCUCUGGCCCCAUAGUUAAAGCCAUAUCAGUUAGACUGCAAUACUUCAGCACCGGGAGGAGCGGGCACCACGCUCCGCCAACCGUGUACAAAGGCACGUGUGGGGCAGGGACCCCCCCUGCCUCGUCCCCCCCAGCCCUGUCCCUGCUGUCCCCACCGCUCGCUCGUCCGUGUCUCGUCCCCGCUGGCCCCUGUUCUCGCGUUGGUGUCUCUGUGCCAGGGUGCGCCCCGUCGCUCCAUGCGUCCUCGUGUUUGCUGCUCACGCUCCCACCCCCCAAGUCCCUGCUGUCCCGGGGCCACCCGCAGCGCUGAGCCGAGAGCCCCACACUGCGCUGCCGGGGGCCCCCGCUCUGUCCCCUGCAGUAAAGCCAGCGCGGGGCCGAGGGCUGCUGGACCAUGAAAGCCCGGCUGCCCCCCACCCAACGCUGGACACACGGGUCCCCCGGGCCUGGGAAGGGAUCCCUGGGCAAGCAUCCUGGGUAUGUCCCAGGAUCCGCUGCUUGCACCCCAAUAGGGGGAUGUGGGGGAACACCCUCAGCCCAGCCCAGCCCUUGCCGCACCGUGCUCCGCUCUCCCCAUGCUUCCUUCGCCACAGCCCCCCGUUGCUCACCAGGGCCCUCCUCGGGAGGCGGCGGGCAGCUCGGGGCCCCACAGACAUGCUGUGACCAUCCUGCUCGAACUAGUCUUUGACAAAAUAAUAUAAUAAAAGGAUUUGUACAUUGCUCUGGCUUCUUCUCAGUCCCUGCUCCCCUGGGGUCCUGCGGCAGCUCCCUCGCCCCUUCAGCCCCCUCUGGGCUGAGACCUGGCAGCUCAUCACGCUAGGGGAGGCCACAGGGCCCCAGCAAGGCCAUAGAUGAAGGGAGAGGCCUCCCGCAGCUCCCACAGCCCUGUGCACUGCAGCUGCCUCCACACACCCCAUCCACCUUGCAGGUACCUCUCCAGGGUUGGGGACAAGGCAAAAGGGAUGGGUGCUGGUGGGCCACUGCCCCACAGACAUGGCAAGGGGCUUCUGCCCCUUCCCCCUGAUUCUGGGACUCCCCUCACAGAAUGACUGGGCAUAUCCCUGGGUACAUGGGCUGGUUUUGGUGGGUCACAGCCUUCUGCCCCCACAAGAGCAGGGCACGAGACUACAGGCAGGCCCUGGGCGAUGGGGCACACUGUGCCCCCCUAGGACCCUUGGCAGUGCUGGGAAGCCUCCACCCGGAGCCAGCCUCAGCUUUGACUGAUUUGCCAUCAUUUAGCAGCAAAGAGCUCAGCUGUUACGCAGGCGGCAUCACCAGAGUAGUCACCUGGAAAAGCUUCUGUCAGAAAAAAAUAUGAGAGUAGGAAAUGAUAGAGAUCUUGCAGGCAAGGUCUCCAUCGCAGGCAGGCUGCACCCACUCCUCUGCGGUGACUGCCUGCCCUGGGACCACAGUGCCACCACAGGGGGAGGAAAAGCCCCCCAGCUCUCCCUGGGGAGCAGGGGCAGGGGACACGCUACUUGUCCCCCCUGGCAGGGGUGCAGGGAAGGGCUCUGCCCACAGCUGGUGGCCGUGGCACGGGACAGGCAGCGCCUUCUGCUGGGGCCACUCCUGCUCCAUCCGUGCUGCCAGAUGGGAGCAGGGAUACGGGACUGGACAGGUCCCUGUGGCUGUCCCCAUCCCGUCAGUGUCGCUGGUGCCACUUGUCCCCAGCGCGGGGGCGCAGCGCCCUCUGGUGGGAUGACAGCGCAGGACGGGAGACAGCGAGAGGGGACAGGGACGAAGGG